AUGAAAAAGGCCAAGUAUUCAGGUGCAUUGCAGCAGCUUAUCCGCAGUACGUGCGUGGCAGCGGACACGGCCGGGGAGUCAAAGCGGUCGCUCUCCGCGGCCGUGUUUAGAGAACUGAGCAAACAACUGGCCUGGCGGUGCACGGGCCGCGUGGGAGAGCCCCUAAAAGGCCCGCUAGCGUCACUGCGCCUCACUUGGCGCGCCGGUGGG